UCAUCUUUAAUUUAUGUGAACUCAGCAUUUUCGCAAGUACCCAUAGCUGGACUUCCCCAUUUACAGCUACUCAUAUGAAAUUACCAAAUAUUUAUUUAGAGUCCCUGGUAUUUAGUCUUGUACAGCCUCUGAGAACGAACACCAAAAAGCAGGAUGGAGAUGAGACAAGUCGCAGUUAAAAAUUUCAACGUGGUUUCGUAUAACAAGUUCGAUUCCUGUGAAGACACUGAUCACCAGGAUGAGGAAGACCUGGCCGAUCAGAGCUUCAGGAUCAUCAGUUCAGGAGGCGGUGCUUCAGGGAGCAGAUAUUGCAGACUUGCUGCAGUGUGUUUGGCCCUGCUGUGUGUUCUCUUGAUUUCUCUCUCAGUUCUGUGGGUCAAAUACAACAAUCUGGCUUCAGAAAACACCAACUUACAGACUCAUUACAGCAACCUCAUUCUUGAGAAAGACAAUCUCCAGACCAGAUUCGAAAACCUGACUACUGAGAGGGACCAACUUUACCGUAAGCUGAAUACAGACCACGGCCAGUUACAGACCAGUUACAACAAACUGAUUCUCGAAAGAAACCAGCUACAGACCAGCUACAACAACCUGACAGCUGAGAGAGAUCGGUUACAGACCAACAACAAGAGACUGACAGUCGAGAGAGACCAGAUACAGACCAGAUACAACAAGCUGACAGUUGAGAGAGACCACUUACAGACCAGUUACAAGAACCAGUCAGUGGAGAGAGACCAGCUACAGAUCAGUUACAACCACCUGUCAGUCGAGAGAGACCAGCUUCAGACCAGUUACAACAACCUGACAGUGGAGAGAGACCAGCUACAAACCAACAACAAGAGACUGACCGGCGAGAGAGACCAGCUACAGACCAGUUACAAGAAUCUGACAGUGGAGAGAGACCAGCUACAGAUCAACAACAAGAGACUGACAGGCGAGAGAGACCAGCUACAGGCCAGUUACAACAAUUUAACACUGGAGAGAGACCAGCUACAGACCAACAACAAGAGACUGACAGGCGAGAGAGACCAGCUACAGGCCAGUUACAACAAUCUGACAAUGGAGAGAAAACAGGACCAAGUAAAAUGUACAGAACUGGCUAAUGAAAUGGAGAAACUGCAGACAAACUACAGCACUGUGGCAAACCAGAAAGACCAGUUGCAGAAGGAGAAAGAUGAAAUUCAGAACUUGUUGGCAAAGUUAGAUGAACAGGCCAAACUAGGAUGGAGCUACUUCAGCUCCAGUUUUUACUUCAUCUCUACUCAGAAGAAAAGCUGGAUUGAAAGCAGAGCGGACUGCAAAAGAAACGGAGCAGACCUUGUGAUCAUCAAGACCAAAGAGGAACAGGAUUUUCUUGUCAAGCAGCUGGGCAGUGAUAGGGCUUGGAUGGGUUUACAUGACAGAGUCACAGAGGGGACCUGGAAAUGGGUGGACGGUACACCACUAAACACUUCGUACUGGGCUCCAGGGGAACCCAAUAAUGAAGGUAAUGAAGACUGUGCUGAGAUUUGGGGUUAUCCGGGUAAAGAGGGCUGGAAUGAUGGGCCAUGUAAUGGGAAAGUGAAAUGGAUCUGUGAGAAACCUGCUUUUCAAUGAUUAAACGUAGCAUCUGUCAGCAACUGAUUUCCAAUGGCAGUCACAAGAGUAUCCUCAAGUACCCCAUCCACUUUAAACAUUACUGUGAGAAAAUCCAAUAUUAGCACCUUCAGAAAUUCUUAAAUCAGUCCAUCUACCUGCUGAAGACCUGCAUCUGCAUGAGCUAAUACACUGUGCUGCUGCAACAUGACUGGCUGACUGGUUACGUGCAGUAAUAUCCAGAUAUUUCUAAUAAACUGGACAGUGGGUGAUACUAAUGAAAAGCCAGAUUUUUUACGGAGCUGUUAGCUAGUUAGCUUCUUUUGUUUAGCUAAUUUUUAGUGGAGUGUGUUAACAUUACUGGCUAUGUAGCCAAGAGCUGCUUACCUGCAGUGACAGAUUUUGUUGUAAGCUUGUUAAAUUUGUUGGGGUUUUUUUGUUGUGUGUGUGUCAUUUUCAGUGUUCAAAUGACGGCAAAAAAAUAUUUGUGGGCUCACUAAUAAAUGUAUUUAAC